AUGUCUGAUUCUGCCUCGUUCGCCUCAACACUGGUUCAAAAAAAGUGGUUUGGCUUCGACCUCGAUGACACCUUGCACGAGUUCCGCAAAGCCUCCGCGCAAGCUUCACAGCGCGUUUUCGAAACAAUCCACUCUCAUACUGAUAUCGACAUCGAAUCUCUUAAAUCAAGUUACAAUGAGAUCCUGCAAAGCGCGACCGCAGACGCCUUUACCGACGGGCGUACUUCAGCGGAAUACCGCCGCGACAGAUUUACCCGUCUUUUGCAAGCUCACGGAGUCAACGAGCUUGGUGAAGAGGAUCAUUACAUAGCACAUCUUCUGGGUGUGUACAAAUCCUCUUUAAGCUCUAGCUUGGCGCUCAAAUCGGGCGCCCUUCCACUCCUCCAGGCUCUCAAGCAGCGGGGUAAGAAAAUCAUUGUGGUGACCGAGGGCCCCGCUGAUGCCCAGGAGUUGACCAUCCGGGAAUUGGGAUUGGAGCCCUACGUUGAUGUUUUGGUGACAACGAAUGAGGCAGGCUGUUCGAAAGUGGAUGGGUUAUUCCGCGUGGUACUUGAAAAGUAUGAAAUCCACUCGGAGGAUCUGAUUUAUUUCGGGGACAAUGCCAUUCGUGAUAUCCAAGCAUCACAGAAGGAGGGGAUUCUUGCCGUGCUUUAUGAUGAGGAGCAAGAAAGCCAGCUCGUCGACUUCCAGGCCUUGCGUAUUAAUUCGUGGGAAGCCUUGAAAGAUCUACUUGGUCAAGAAUAA